CGAAUGUUUCUGAAUCACAUCGGGUAGUUUAUCAGUUUGAUCUGCACAGUUACCGUGGACAAGCUCUUCAUACCAGUUGUGUUUUCUAUCACUUAGUUAUUAUUGUUAAAGACAAGUUAUGCCGGAGGAAAAAUUUAACCUUCAAAAAGUGCAAACUUAUUUUGAGCAAUGUGCUUCUGAAGAUGAUGAUGUUUUGAUUGAUCCAUAUUUGGAGGCAUUUCGUGAACUUAAUAAAUUUUUAUCGAUGAUGGGAACUGUCUUUGGAUUUAUUUGCAAUGAAAUCAAAGAGAAGAUAAGAAUACUUGAAAGUUUACGCCAGGACCAGAUGCACGGUGUGCAGUUCGAAACCGUUAGAAAGAUGAUGGAUUACGAAACGAAUAACGGCUUGGUGAAUAAGAAAGGAUAUGUAUCAGGUUGUCGGACUAUGCAACGGCUUCACAGAGGGUUGAAUUUCAUCUAUGUGUUUCUCAAUCAGUUAUCAGGGUUAGAAGACGCAAACGCCAAAACUAGCGAUAUCUGUCAACAGUCAUACAAUGAUACUUUAGCUGAAUUUCAUCCCUGGGUUAUUCGAAAAGGUGCUAUCAUGGCCAUGUAUUCACUACCUAGCCGAAACGAGUUCCUAGAAAAAAUGUGCGGCGAUGUCAAUGCAACGCUCAAGCUGCUACCGGAAAUGCUGCACGUAGGUCGUGGAAUAUACGACAGAACUCAUAACCUAUAUACGGAGUACAAGCUUCAUGGACUACCAUAAUGAACUGAAUUUUGUACAGCUUCAGAAAUUUUAGAUUACCAAUGCACUAAGUUUAAGCGAGAUGUAAUGUUAAAAUAAAAUGUUUUUCUAAAAUGAUUUUUUGAGAUAAUUAACUUGAAGGU